GGGAGGGGUUUAGUCCCGCUCAUCCCGUUCAUCCCGCUCAUGCAUAGGGAGGGAACGUAGUCGACUUGUCCCGUAGCAGUGGGAAAGAGAGCACGGAGGUGGUAGACCUGACGUCCAGCAUGGCAGGCGCUGCGACGGCACUGAGAGCUGACGUGUGGCAGACCGCGGAUUCUCUUUGCCUACCGGGUAUCGAACGGGGGUCGGAAACGGCAGUCCAGAGAUGGACGCGUGUCCAGCAAUGCGCUCCUUGUUGCGGUUUACGAGGGGUGGAGAGGGGCUCCCGACCUAGCUUCCCGAUCGCGACGAAUGCCGUCUUCAAUUGCCGCUCACAGGAGUUGCCAGCGUCGCACAGUUUUCACCGCCGCAGCGGUCUGGAGGAUGUUUCCCAUCAUGAUCUUGUAAAAAAGGGGGGCGUUUUGGCGGGAUCCGAAAAAGCGUCAGUGUGGCGGCGGCGGGUGAUCGUCGGAGGAAGUGGCGGGCACGAGGGGAACGCGGAAAACAGGCUUUCUUUUGGCGGGGAGACGAAAUGCUCGCUGCGCGCCGUGAGCCCAUGGCUUAUGGCUGCUGAAAGGGAGAGGCGGGGAUUCGUACUGCGCGCCACACGUGCUCCGUCGCCAAAUGUGCAAGACGAGGAGGAUAAGAAGAAGAAGAAGAAGGAGGAGGAGGAGGAGAAGGAGCCCUUCGUGCGGCCGAAAUUGCCCGGCGACGAGCCGGACUUCUGGGAAGGAGAGCAAUGGGACUGGUUGGGAUUCGUCCUGCAGUACCUCUGGGCUGUCGGCAUCGUCGUCGCUGUGCUUUAGGGUACUACGUCAUGUGUCCCAGUUCUGACAUGGUUGGAUCAUUAAUGAAGAAGUUGGCAUUUC